AUGGCAAAGGAACUGGAGCAGCAGAUGAGGAAUAUUAGUCUGUCAGAAGAAGAAAUUAAUUCUAUCAAAGUGGAAGAAAAUGAUGUGGACAACAUGGCUGACUCUGUUGUGGAAGAAUUAGGAGCGGUGGGGCGGCUGCUGGGAACAAGAAAACCGGGAACAAAGUUCCUGAAAACUGCGUUGGUAGCGGCCUGGAAGCCGAAACAAGAUUUCGAUGUUCAAGUUAUGGAAGGAAACCUGCUAGUUUUCCAAUUCAUACAAGCAGAAGACAGGGCAAAAGCACUCUUUGGGGGACCAUGGCAUUUUGAGAAUCAGCUAAUCAUCAUCAGACCGGUCGACAGGGGUAAAGAACUGACAGAUACGGAUUUCAGUUGCACAGAGAUAUGGGUGAGGAUCAGGAAAAUUCCAGCAAAACUGAGAACAGAGAGCAUGGCUACAAAAAUCGGGGCAAUGUUUGGAGCCUUGAAGGUCUACGAUACUGCAAAUUCAGGGCUUUGGAGCAACUAUAUGACUAUAUGA